UUCGAGCUCUGAUAAUUUUCUGAAUGACAUAUCAAGGCUCCUGAGUACUCAAACACAUCCUUCCGAUCAUCACUCCAUACCAAGAUGUCUGCCGCGCAGCUUCUCAACCCGAAAGCUGAGUCCAGGAGAAGAGGAGAAGCUCUACGAGUCAACAUCAGUGCUGGUGAAGGUCUACAAGAUGUUCUGAAAUCCAAUUUGGGUCCUUUAGGGACGAUCAAGAUGCUUGUGGACGGUGCAGGCGCGAUCAAACUUACAAAAGAUGGAAAUGUCCUGUUACGCGAGAUGCAGAUACAAAAUCCUACUGCAGUCAUGAUUGCGAGAGCAGCGACAGCCCAAGACGAUAUUUGUGGUGAUGGGACCACGUCUGUUGUGUUGCUUGUUGGUGAACUUCUGAAGCAGGCAGACAGAUAUAUUUCAGAGGGUUUACAUCCAAGAAUCAUCACAGAUGGCUAUGAGAUUGCUAAGACGGAGUCUUUGAAGUUUCUGGACACAUUCAAGCUGGAGAGAGAAGUAGACCGUGAACUGUUGCUAUCCGUUGCUCGCACUUCCCUCUCGACAAAGCUCAACCACACCCUGGCCGAGAAGCUCACGCCUGACAUCGUCGAUGCUGUACUCGCCAUCUACCAACCACCUGCGAAGCCCGACUUACACAUGAUCGAAAUCAUGAAGAUGCAACAUCGAACUGCCUCGGAGACUCAGCUCAUUCGAGGACUAGCAUUAGAUCAUGGUGCCAGACACCCGGAUAUGCCAAAGAGAGUGGAAAACGCAUUCAUCUUGAGUCUGAACGUCAGCUUAGAGUAUGAGAAGUCAGAGAUCAACUCCGGUUUCUACUACUCAAGCGCAGACCAACGAGACAAGCUGGUUGAGAGCGAGCGUAGAUUCGUUGAUGAGAAGUUACGGAAGAUUGUGGAAUUAAAGAAGGAGGUGUGCGGCAACGAUCCGAAGAAGGGCUUUGUUAUUAUCAACCAGAAGGGAAUCGACCCCCUCUCGCUUGAUGUUUUGGUCAAGAAUGGUAUUUUUGCUCUGAGACGAGCAAAGAGACGGAAUAUGGAGAGAUUACAGUUGAUCUGUGGUGGCACUGCACAGAACAGCGUGGAUGAUUUGACUCCAGAUGUUCUGGGUUGGGCAGGUCUCGUGUACGAGCAUCAGCUGGGAGAGGAGAAGUACACGUUUAUCGAAGACGUCAAGGAGCCAAAGUCUGUGACGAUUCUCAUCAAGGGCCCAAAUCAGCACACCAUCACGCAGAUCAGUGAUGCGGUCCGCGAUGGCCUUCGAAGUGUCUACAACAUGAUUGUCGACAAGAGCGUCGUCCCAGGCGCAGGGGCUUUCCAGGUAGCUUGUGCAACGCACCUGAACAGCGAGGCUUUCCGCAAGACUGUCAAGGGAAAGGCGAAGUGGGGUGUUCAGGCAUUUGCAGAUGCUCUUCUGAUCAUUCCAAAGACGCUUGCGGCAAACGCUGGACAUGAUAUUCAGGACGCACUUGCAACUCUCCAAGAUGCGCACAAUGAGGGCAACAUCGUUGGUCUUGACUUGAAGACUGGCGAUCCCAUGGACCCUGUUCUCGAGGGCGUAUACGACUCUUUUCGUGUACUCAGGAAUGCAAUCGCGUCAAGUUCUGGCAUUGCAUCAAACCUUCUUCUUUGCGACGAGAUGCUCAAGGCAAGACAGAUGGGUAGACAAGGCGGACCGGGACCUGGAAUGGAUGAGUAGAUCGGUUGAUUAUAACUGCGGCGCUCUCUCAAUCUUCGACGGCACUUGGUGGCGUAAAAGCUACCUCUUGCGAUUCUCGUUGGGACAAUGUAACACAGCAAAUGUACAACACUCAGCCAUGGGGCAGAGGGCAUGUAGCGGAUGAUUAGAUAGCAUUCAGUCACGAAAUGAAAAGAACGACCAAAGGCCCUUCAAACAUACUUCGUCAACUCAAUAUAGGUG